UGCUUGUCGGGGAAGGUGGAGAGCUUUUCAUGGAAAUUGGUUAACUCUUGGUUAACCACACUCACAGCUGGCUGGCGGACUGCCUUCACAGCCGCUUUGGAGCGACUUUGUGGUUGAUACUUUUGUCAGUUCGUCGUUGUUUGAGUUUUACCGGGGAGAGCUCCGGUACCGGGAGCAGACUGCUGUCCUGUCCGCCGCAGCGCUCGACAUCAUGGCUGCAGCUCUCAUCGCGCCCUUCUUCCUCCUUCUCAUCCUCACUGGAUCAGCGGUACAUCCAGACCCUCAAAAAGGCCUCCUCCCACAGCGCCCACACCUCACUGGCUGCAUCUCCAACAACAUGGAGACUUUCCGCUGCAGAUGGAACGGCGGCACGUUCAGAAACGUUUCUGAGCCGGGAGACCUGCGCGUAUUCUUCGUCCAAACAACGCCCCUUAUUCCCUCCCUUGGAAUUUGGAGCGAAUGUCCUCACUACAGCACUGAGAGGUCCAAUGAGUGCUUUUUUAAUGAGAACCACACAACCGUCUGGGUAAAUUACAGGAUUCAGCUCCGCUCCCGGGAUCAAGCCGUCGUGUAUGAUGAAAUCGGCUUUGAGGUUCAGGAUAUCGUGCAACCAGAUCCUCCAGUCAGCCUAAAUUGGACUCUGCUGAACAUGAGCUUGACCAGUGUCAACUAUGAUAUUAUAGUGAGCUGGAAACCUCCCCAGUCUGCAGAUGUUGAGACAGGAUGGAUGACGCUGCAGUAUGAGGUCCAGUACCGCAGAGUCAACUCUGACCUGUGGGAAGUGACUGACCUAGUGAAAAGCACACAUCGCUCCCUUUUUGGGCUUCAAACUAACACCUAUCACGAGGUUCGGGUCCGAUGCAAAAUGCUAGCUGGAAAACAUUUUGGAGAAUUCAGCGAGUCCAUGUUUGUCCACAUCCCAUGUAAAGUGUCGAGAGUUCCAGGGAUGGCUUUGCUUAUAUUUGGAGCCUUGGUUCUAGUGACUAUCCUGAUGCUUGUCAUCAUAUCACAGCAAGAAAAGUUAAUGGUUAUCCUUUUGCCUCCUGUUCCUGGGCCUAAAAUAAGAGGAAUUGACCCAGAACUACUUAAGAAAGGGAAGCUGCGAGAGCUGACAUCAAUCCUGGGUGGUCCCCCUGAUUUGAGGCCAGAGCUUUACAACAAUGACCCCUGGGUGGAGUUCAUCGAUCUAGACAUCGAGGAGCCGAGCGAUAGGCUGACAGAUCUGGACACAGACUGUCUCAUGGACCCCUCCCUGUCCUCUAAUUGCUCUCCUCUUUCAAUUGGCUUCAGAGAUGAUGAUUCAGGCCGCUCCAGCUGCUGUGACCCAGAUCUCCUCAGCGACUCAAAUGCAUCGCCUCUCCAUCCUCCCAUCCCAAACCAGAUGCUGAGUAAAGACCUGCCAUGCCAGACAGGCUCUAAGUCAAGUUCUGGGGACCAAGGCUCACCAUCUGGAGAGCCUUCUUUAGUAGCCCAGGGAAAAGAGGCCAUGUAUGCGCAGGUCAGCGAGGUCAGGUCUUCUGGUAAUGUGCUGCUGUCACCUGAAGAACAGACUGAGGUGGAGACAAACACCAGCAAAGACAAAGACGUCAUGGUGGAGAAGGGAGAAGAAAAGAAUGAAGUUCAGCUACUAGUGGUGAAUGCAGAUUCCAAAGACUACACCUCAGAGCUCACUGCAGGGAGCAUUAACCCAGAAUCAUCCCCAGGGGGCCGUGGUGAACCCUUCCAAACAGGAGUAGAGCUUAACAGCUCUCUAUCCCGAUCACCUCACUGCGAAUCUGACACCGUUCCCAUGUCCCUGCUGCCCCCUGCUCCUGUCUACACUGUGGUGGAGGGCGUUGACAGACAGAACAGCCUCUUCCUAACGCCGAACCCAACACCGGGCCCCAUCCUGACAAUAUUAAAGACCAUGCCGACGCCAGAUGGCUACGUCACUCCUGAUGUUUUGGGAAGCAUCACACCAUAAAUCAGUCACAGAGUGUAAAAAAAAAAGACAAAUUCAAGGCAGAGCAGUUCCUUGUCAUUGACGUUUGCAAGUCUGAGGCUGAAUGUCAACCUGCCUAAAAUAGUUUGAGGGGGUCCCGCCACCAUGUCUGCUCCUCAGAAUUAACAGCAUUAUCUGACAAGGCUCUAAAGGCAACAUAGCUGAAGGUCCGAAGCAUGAAAAGAAAGCUGGAGCUGAAAAGAACAUCAAAGUUUAAAACCAUAUAUUCCUCAGCAUUACUUCUUAAAUAGCUUAAAUGCAUUUGUUACAGCUGUAGUCAAUUUAUGGACUGAUGGGGGUCAUAAGAGUCCCCCCAACCAGCUGACUGGCAAAAGUUAAUGUCUUAUGAAGUUGCUUUGAAUGAUACAUGUAGCGUUCGUUCAUUUAGACUCAUACAGAUAAAGUUAGGUUCGGUAUUCAUUCUUUAGUUGUUCGGUUUCUGUAAACAGAUGGAAAGUAUGUCUCAGAUCGGGUUCUUCUCUGGUUCUGCUAAUAUUUGCUUUUUUAUACCAGUUACCAUACCUAAUUCUGUCUGUCUCGCAUGUUGAGAAGCAAAGAUGCUCUGUGUGUGUGUGUGUGUGUGUGCUCAAUUCAAACUAUUGUGGUCUUCUUUUAUGAUCUGAGACUGUGAAAUAUUUUCAAAGCUGACAGCAAAAAUGAAGUGGAUUAAUCUCACAUUCAGUAUUAGCUUAUUACGUUUAUAAAUCAAACAUAUAUAUUUUUAUUAGAUAUUAUAUAUCUAAUUGAUAUUAUUGUAUUGAUUUGUUAUUAUUAUUAUUAUUAUUAUUAUUAUUAUUAUUAUUAUUAUUGUCAUUAUUAUUAUAUAUUUUUUAUUCAGUUAGAUCAAUUUCAUGCUGAGUUCAGCCUCCAAAGCUGGGAAUAUGUUUUUGUGUUUGUUUUAUAACAUUGUUUAUUGAUUAACAUUCAACUUUUUUUUUUCAAUAAAACCACAAAAACAAGAAAAAUUUGAUAAAUGUAAUCAAAGGUAUUGGCUGAAGCACAUGCUUAUUAUGCCAAUAAGUGGUCAUGAGUGUUACAUCUGUACAGUUAUUGUAUUUUUUUUCCAAAAUAUUGAGAAAAUAAAGAACUUUCACACAA